UGGGGCCUGGGGUGACUCAGUCUCUGGAGAACCAGCGGUGCAGCCCGGUGAGCCCCGCAGAUCCGUGUUCUGCCAUGCGGGAGGCGGCCCUGAGCGUGCUCAUCAUCCUGGCAGGUUUGCCUGCCCUGGAUGCUAAUGAUCCUGAAGAUAAAAACAGCCCCUUCUACUAUGACUGGCACAGUCUUCGAGUCGGUGGGCUUAUUUGUGCGGGGGUCCUGUGCGCCCUGGGCAUCAUCAUCCUCCUGAGUGGAAAAUGCAAAUGCAAAUUCAGACAGAAGCCCAGUCCUGGCACAGGAGACGCCCCGCCCCUCAUCACUCCAGGCUCUGCCCACAGCUGCUGAGGACGGCUCACCGGAAACGGCCUGGAGGGCCUCUGUCCCAGGUCCUGGCCUUGCGCAGAAGUCCCCCACCCAGGCUGGCA